AUGCACCACCCCAAGGCAGAUAUAGAUCGCCUAUACGUCCCUAGAAAAAGAGGUGGUAGAGGUCUAACAAGUAUCCAUCAAACCUGCGAGCUGAACAUCAUAGACCUAGGACAAUACCUAAAGUGGAAAAAAUAUGACAAACUGGUGAAACUCAUGACAGAAUAUGAGGACUCCCUACCAAAAGAUCACGUUCGGGACGAACGUGACGUCAGGAUGGCCGUGCAGUCCCACUCUAUGUCUGUCGCUGCUGACCGGCAGAUCGACGGUGGCUGGGGGAAGAUGACACGACGCCAAGACGCCAAUGCUUUCAACCGAUUCAACGCAGCGCAAUAAGACGUUAUAUUUGUUUGUUACUUAAGAUUGUUGGAAUAUAUAUUUAUUACUGCAAGUAGUAUUGAUCGACUAACGG